AUGUCAAGGUAGAAUGGAGGUGCAAUUUAUUGCAAAAAUUGCUAGAUGAAAUAGUUUGAGUUGAACAGAUUUACUAAUAUAAUGGCUUAAAACGGAGGUGCAAUUUAUAUAGAUAAUUCUGUAAUAGAUACUAUAGAGUUUAUUGAUAACGAGCUUAGUUACUCAAUAGGAGUUGAAAAAGGAGGAUUUAUUUACAUCAAUGAUACUUACUAAACUGAAGGUUAACUAGGAGUUGUGAUUCGUAGUCAAAAUAUAGAAGUAAUGAAUUUUGAAUGGCUAGGUGGCUAAUUUGGUUCAUUACUAUACUUUGAGUCAAAUAGAUCUCUAGAUUUCCUUCUUUAAAAUGCGCAAUUAUUAAGGAAUGAUGAUCAAUCUUACGAAGAAGGUUUUGUGUUAUUUUCAAAUUAGAAUAGGUAAAUUGAGCCUGAAUAAGGAGUUACUCAGCAAAUGAAGACUUCAUAAAACUUGAAUUUGAAUUUUACAAUGAAAAAUGUUAAUUCUCCUGGGUAUGGUGUAAUAAAAUAAGGUGGAGUAGUUAAAGUCAAGAAUAAAAUAGACAAUUUCUUCAUCUAGAUAAUAGACUCAUAGAUAGAAGCACUAUAUACCCUUUUAGACGAUAAGAUGAUUAAUACUAAUGGAACUGGUAUAUUCUGUCAUACUUAUUAUUCUAUUCAUGUUUUGAUUGAGAAUUCCUCAAUAUCUAGCGUUGCUAAUAAUAAUGGAGCAGGAGGCUUUAUGUAUCUUGAGGCUUCCAUUGUUAAUGUAAAUAUAAAAGCAUCUUAAUUCGAAUGGAUUACAAGUAGAUUAGAAGGUGGUUUUGCUAUGAUAGUUUCUUAGAUUGAAAAAUGGAACUCUGGUAUUCUUAGAUACACUAAAUUCUAGCGUUAUAAUAGAGGAUUGUAACUUUUCUGA